AUGGCUCAGAUGACUGCAGUGGCCGUGAUGAUGGCAGGAUUUCUGAUGGCUUUCUUUCUUGGCGCUGCCAUCUCAGUCAUUGCCGUUGUGCCACUUGGCAGGGAUCUUUAUUCCCAUGCCCCAAUCCCCAAGGACGUGAGUGGUCACUGCCAUGCCAUGCUGACACAUCGUCGUGCCCUACCACGUGACACUGACAGCCAGCAAGUCAAUCACACUCCCAUGCUGCCCUCUCCUUCCCUCCGGCAUGCAAAGGCUACGCCCGGAACUCCCGGUAAUACCCACGCAAUUGCUGCCUCUCAGCAUGCCCACGCUCUCGACGUGCCUUUUCACUCCCUACACACCCUGUUCCCGGGUUCAAUUCAUCUACUGUAUUCUGCCAUCACCACGCUUGUAGCACUGUUGUGGUGGAUGGGUGGGACCCUCAUACAAGUCAGAGCAUGGGUGCAUCAGCAGGGCUUGGCUGUGAUGGCUGGGCUGAUGAAGCUGAAGAGUGCAAGCAAGGGCCUCGUGCCACGUGGAAUCUUACCUUGGCUGCACAGUUCCUU